AUGUAUGCAGUUUUAGGGAGGCGUCACGGGAGAGUUUUGCACGGUGACAUGGCACAGGGUUCGGCAUCGUUUUUCGUCACGGCCGUACUUCCGGUCAUUGAAAGUUUUUCAUUUGCACCGGAAAUUAGAAAGCAAACGUCCGGAUUGGCAGUUCCUCAAUUGGUUUUCAGUCACUGGGAGGUCAUCGACGUUGAUCCUUUUUGGUCGCCCAGAACCGAAGAGGAAUAUUUACAUUUCGGUGAAAAAGCCGAUUCGGAAAAUCGUGCGAAAAAAUACGUGAACGCGGUGAGAAGGAGAAAAGGGCUCGCGGUCGAAGAGAAAAUUGUAGAAUUUGCGGAAAAGCAAAGAACAUUAUCGAAAAACAAAUAG